AUGGCUCCGCCGUCGAACAAAGUUCAAAAGGUGAUGGUUCAACCCAUCAAUUUAAUCUUUCGUUGCUUGCAAAGUCGUUCUCGCAUUCUGAUUUGGCUUUACGAGAAUGUUACUUAUCGCAUUGAAGGAUAUAUUAUUGGUUUCGAUGAAUACAUGAAUGUCGUCGUCGACGAAGCUGAAGAGGUUAACAUGAAGUCACUCAAUCGUCACAAAUUGGGACGGAUCUUGCUCAAGGGCGAUAACAUAACUCUUAUUCAAACGAUCCAGUGA